GGAUGAGUUGAUGAAACAUCCCAGACCUCCUUGUUCAGAUGCAACCAUGACAUUGUUGUCUCGUUUGGAUAAAUCGAUGGCUAAGUUCAUAAUCGAACACACCCCCGAGUGGGUCAGAAGAAAAGGUAUAUAACCCCCAUCAUUGUACUGCAUCGGUGGAAUAAACACAGAUUCUCCCAAUUCACUUCCACAGUAUCGCCAUGCGGUCUCCACUGGCCAACACAGACCUGUGGUCAACCAUCGCCUUGCUACUGGCCUCGGCCAGCACGGUUACGGCAAGCUGCAAUCUCCCAUCAACCUACAGUUGGACAUCAACCGGACCCCUAGCCCAGCCCAAGUCAGGCUGGGCCUCAAUCAAAGACUUCACCAACGUUGUCUACAAUGGCAAGCAUCUCGUCUAUGCCUCCGUGGCAGAUACAUCGGGCAACUACCACUCGAUGAACUUUGGGCUCUUCUCCGACUGGUCCGGCAUGGCCUCGGCGAGCCAAAACCAAAUGACCAACUCCGCCGUCGCACCAACCCUGUUCUACUUCUCGCCCAAGUCCACCUGGGUUCUCGCCUACCAAUGGGGCUCGACCUCAUUCUCCUACCGCACCUCGAGUGACCCCUCCAAUGCGAACGGAUGGUCCUCCGAGAAAGCGCUAUUCUCAGGUACCAUCUCCGGCAGCAGCACGGGGGUGAUCGACCAGACCGUCAUUGGCGACUCGCAAAACAUGUACCUCUUCUUCGCAGGCGACAAUGGCAAGAUUUACCGCGCCAGUAUGCCCAUCGGCAAUUUCCCAGGCUCCUUCGGGACAGCCUCGGAGGUAGUCCUGAGCGAUUCGACCAACAACCUCUUCGAAGCCGUGCAGGUCUACACCGUCUCGGGACAGAGCAAGUACCUCAUGAUCGUGGAGGCGAUUGGCGCGAAUGGGCGGUAUUUCCGGUCCUUCACGGCUAGCAGUCUUGGUGGAUCGUGGACCGUCCAGGCUGGUAGUGAGAGUGCGCCUUUCGCUGGAAAGGCUAACAGUGGUGCGACUUGGACGAAUGAUAUCAGUCAUGGUGAUUUGGUCAGGAGUAACCCGGAUCAGACUAUGACGAUUGAUCCGUGCAAUUUGCAGUUCUUGUAUCAGGGACGGGACCCGAGUGCUAACCCCUCCUACAAUAUUUUGCCUUAUCGCCCGGGCUUGUUGACCCUGAAGCAGUGAUUUGUCCAUUGGGUUUGGUUGAGUUGGAUUGCAAGUGUAGUUAUGGUUUAAGGGAGGACUGUAUGGAGGUGAG